CCUUGGAGAAAAAAAAACUGUCGAGAGAAAUUUAGUCUUCGCCAUUGUGCUCUUAGCUCAACGCAACCCCGUCCAAAGUCACAGCCUCUCUGUCCUUCUCACCAGGGCUGCAAACUCAAUUUCCUCGCGGGUACUAAAUUUCAUCAUGGACGGUACCGAUGGACGAAACGACGCCUUGGCUGAUGGCCGGCGCAUCUACUUAGGCAACCUCCACUAUGUGCUCAAGUCGGAGGACAUUGAGGAGUUCCUCAUUGCCAACGGCUUUGACGACAUUGAGAACAUCCACAUGUCCAUUGACGCCGUCAGCAGCCGCAACCCGGGCUACUGCUUCGUGGACUUUGCCCAGCGCCCAACGGCUGAGCGCGCUCUCACCUCGCUGCAGGCAUCGCUGCGUGGCCGUGAGAUCAAGGUCGGCCCUUGCGAGCCUAGAAAGAAGCGCAAUGAGAACGGCCGCUCGGGCUUCCAGCAGCGAACUAACGAAUGGCGAGGUGCGCAAGGCGAUGACGGCCAACAGUACCAGAGCGAGCAGAGGCCCCGCGGUGGCUUGAACCGCUCCGAGGAGGUGGUUGAUGAGUCCCAGGGAAAGCGACUGUAUGUUGGCGGACUGGCCAAGAUGGGCGACCAGGACCAGAACAACCAGGAGAUGAUGGGAAUCUUCACCGGUUUCAACCCCUCGUACAUUGGCAAGCGCAUUGCCCCCCAUGACACCAGCAGAAGCCCUACUGGAACCUACUACUACUGCUUCGUGGACUUUGAGACCCAAGACGAGGCCCAGGCCGCCAUGCAGGCUCUCGACGGCGCCGAGUACGAUGGAGGCGUGCUGAAGGUUUCACUGGCCAAGAGGAACGACAGACAAUCCACCCGCACCAACGCGACACCGGACCGCAAUGGCCAGGGACGCGGCUGGUCACGACCUUCCAACCCCCGACCCGAGGGCGGACUGCCACCUUCGGCCAGGGCCAUGGGAUCCAACAACUGGAGGAGCCGAGAUGCCCAGUAGGUUGGGAUCGCAUCCGCUGCUACCGCGGCUUACCGCUGCUUACCACUGCCACCGCUAAAAUUGGAGUGAGGAAAAGGGAGAGACUUCAGACGAAGUCGUAGGAGUGCUGGGACAAGAAAAUCUAUUUGGGAGCAUCAUGUAUUAAUUCGUUUAUUCUUAUGUAUUUGUUCCAUUUGCAAACAAAAACGGCUGAAUGCGGGGUACCACGAGGGGCACAAAUGGCAUGAGUUGCGUUGUUGUGUUGCACCAAGACUCCUUUCUUGUGAUUUCUCGCGAAUCAUGUCCAAAUUCAAGCCAUACAAAUACAGCACCAGCAACACCAAAAAAUAUGCUUUUUCGGCUCAUAAAAAAUCCCAUC